AUGGCCGCCAUGAUGCCUGUGCCAGGUUUGUAGUCGGUGUUUUAUUCCAGUUUGUCUUUACAAUCAAUCGCGUAUUGUUUUUCGUCAGUUAUUUCCUAAAUAUUAUUGCUUUUUUAAUUCUGACUUUUUAAGUUAUGAUUUUCUGCUUAUAUUAUGAUCAAACAACCAUCGAUAGUAGUCAGCUUUGUUACUGAACUCAUUUAAGCUUUGGUUUAUCACAUGUAGAAUCAAUGCUUUUCGCCGUGGUUACUUUUUUAACAUGAAAUUAUUAUAGAGAAAUUUAGAGCUCACUAUGCGAACUAGAUUAAUAUCUCAUUGGUUGGUCGUUGCUUCUCAUAAAGAAUUUAGGUAAAAUCAAUACCCUAGGAAUAUGCUAACUUAUUAAUCCCCUCACACCUCAACCUCCCGGAUGCACGUCCCUUCCAUCCUUUGUGUGACCUCAUCAGUUUCAAUAAUAUAAAGGUCUUUGACUUUUUAAUUGUGCAGGGGGGUGGGGAGUUGGUUGAGACAAUAAAUUAAUGAACAUGAGUCAUUGAAACAUCACAGAGAAAAACUUAGGGUUUGUACAGAGUCCUGAAUUCUUGGAAAAGUCUUGAAAUUUGCGAAGCAAAAUUGAAGAGAAAGUCUGGGUAAAAGGUGAAAAGUCUGGAUUUUGUUUUCAAAGAAAGCUACAACAAGUGCUUAGGGCUUAGUGUGGAAAAAGUCUUUUAGAUCAAAAAGCCUGUGCAAAUCCUGAAAACUAAAAAAGAACUGUUGAAGUGACCAGAAAACUCCAAUGAAAAUCGCUGAAAUUACGCCCAAGUCCAAGCAGGAAGAUGACAAAUGUCUCUAAGGGAGUAUGUGAAUAGAAUGAAGAUAUGUGUCAAAUUCAGGCAACAAAUUAGGGUGUUCUGGUUAACCAAUUUCAAGUCAGUUAAACUCUACUUUAUUGCGUAUCAUUGGUAUUUGAUGUUUUAAUGUUUCAAUCUCAUCAGAAAAUAACAGUCAUAGUGUAGACAGUCCUAACUACAGAGACAAGUACAAGACACUGAAGAGGAAACUGAAGUUCUUGCUCUAUGUGAGUCACAUGGCAUUAAAAGCUAAGAACGAAAUAACAUAUUUAUUUUGCUUGAAUCUGUUCCUUAACUGUUGAACCAUUGAAAAUCUUCCUUGAUUUGAAAUGCUUUUAAGCAGAAUGAUUAGAAGUUAGUUUCUAAGGGUGCUUAUUAAAAGUCAAAACUUGGUGGCUGGACCGGUAAUCAUAUUUUGAACAUAAAGUAGGCUUACAAUUACUGUUGUAAAACCUAUCGCUACCAAGCAUACCAAUAUGGAAUGGACGACAGUUCUGAUUAGUAGUGGAAUUCUCUAAUUUAUGAAUUAAAUGGUCUGGUUUGGCCAGCAAAUUCAAAUUUUGAAUUGUCUCAGUAUGGCCUCUGAGUUACAACCAACCACUAAUAUACAUAAAGUUGCUACUUAUUAUUAUACCCGGCUGAAUUGCUGAAGUGUUUUUUAAUACUUAUUAAUAAUGUUAUUAUGUGCUUACUAUCACAGGAACAAGAAUAUUUUCAAGAAGAGCUCAGAAGAGUUCAGAAAAAACUUCUUCGAGUUUCUAGAGAUAAAAGGUACACAAAAGAAAUGAGUUAGUCUUAAAUCGUUUGUUUUCUUUCAAAAAAGAACAUUUCUUAAAGUUCUUAAAACCACUUAGUCGCAAUUAUUGAUUCUGAUUGGAGCCCCUGAUUUACCAUUCAUAUACAUUAAUUUGAUAAAGAUUAAUGGCAAUCACUAAAUUAAUACAGUCUUUGUUCUUGGCUAUGAAGGGUUCAGGUCAGCUGCUGUCAAUAUUUAAAGUUGGAAUAUUAAUUUUGAUCUAUAAUCUUUUUCUCUAGUUUUCUACUAGACAGACUCCUUCAGUAUGAGAAUGUGGAUCAUUCCUCAUCAGGUAAAACAUUUACAAAUCUGUUUCUUUAACUGAGUGUUGUCCAGUUCAGAAACCCAACUUUCAUGGUUUGACUGUGAGACUCAUGGUUUGGGCUGUCAACUCACGGUCUCACAAUUUAGCCGCCAAAUCUCACUGUGAAUCUUAAAAUCUUGAAAUUGCCUGACAAUUCCAGCAGAAAUCGUGUCAUUUCAAAAAAUCUGUCUUCAUAAGGGACGAAAUGAAAAUCUAAUUCUGGGGGAAACCUGGGUCCAAUUUCAACCCCCAUUUGUAUGAAACAUAGGAUUGCUAAGAUAAAGCAAACUCAAAAGCAACCUCAAAAUGGCUACUCGCCAUCCUAUGGAUGUGGAUACUUGUGAAAUGGAAUCUCAAACUGACACAGGGAAUUUAAAGCCUUAGCCUCUGAAGAAAAAAAAAUUGCCAAAACAUCAUAUUUUGAAAAUCUCCAUGUCUGAGGUCCCAAUCUCCAUGUUUUUGGGUGCUUUUUUCAUACCCUCCAGGUCACUCCAUCUAGUAACCACUCUCAACAAAAACAUGGUGAUUUUCAACCAAGUUUCUUAAAAAACAAACUUGCUUAACUUGUUAAGUGUAUAUGCAGGGUAAGCUAUGAGCAGGCUGACUUGUCUUGUGCAAGUUGGAAUGGCCAGAGUGAGCUGGCAAGAAAAAUGGGACAAUGAAAAGUCAUCUCUGGCAGUGACAAACCCAAUAGUUUAUCUCUAACAGCACAAUCUUAACUACCGGUAGUUAUGUCAACCUUGCCAUGCUAUCUGUGGUUUACGUGUUGAAAAUCUUAAUCUAAAUCCAAUACUUUUGUACUUAUACUUCUUUUAAUGUUUUUAGAUGACGAGGGUACAGCAUCUUCCUCUGGGGUCAGCGACAAUGAAGGACCAAAGGCAUGUGGUGUUCAACUAGUUGCAAGUAUUCUUUCAAAUUAAACAAAGAAAGCACCCAAAGGGUCAGAUGUCAUUCCUUGCAACAAACCCAUCUUGAAUAUAAUCAUUAGGAAGUGGGCUAAGUUUUUCUUUUAUUGAAAUAAAAAAUAAUAAUAAUAAAAUCAGCUAGGAUGUUUCAUGAUGAUCCAAGUUGAAGCCAACUGUGCUUUUCUCAGCGGUGUUGGAUGAGGCAGAAUUUUCCAGUUUGAGAACUCUAUGCCAGUGUCUGGUUGAGAUUUAGUUUGUACCUCACUUGCCCAUUGAUUGAAGAAAAAGCGAACAGAAAACACUUAACAUAGGAAAAUGUAGUGCAUGAUGAUUUCCAUUUUGUUUGUUUACAACUUUCCUGUUCAUCAUUAUCAUUUUUAUCAAUUAUGGUUUUUCUGUUCAAAUUUUAUUGUAGGUCCUGAUGGCAGAGAAUCCUACACCAUCUAGCAGGUAGGCUUUUAAACGUCUGUUCAUGACAGUUAAUUUAAAACUGUUUAAAUAAUAUUAUUUAAACAGUUAUUGUUCUGGUAAAUGUAGAAGCUGUGGCUUUCAUAACUCUAAACUGAGGGUUAAAUUUCAGUUGGGCUACUUAUGUUGCAGUGUUAAUACUAAAAUAGGUACACUUAAGGGCAGAGUUAAGUGUCUGCAAUAUCCUAAAAUAUUACUUUUCAAUUAGCAGGCCAAAGAAAGCACCUGCAGCCAUCAAUCAUGGACUUCCAUCUGAAAGUAUGGGGGUAUUUCCAUAUCCUUCUUCAGAUGGAACAAGCAGUGCUGUGAGUUAAUUCUUAAUUAUAUCUGUAACUUAUCCACAAAUUCCAAAGGUAUAAACCGACCAGGUCAAGCACCUACCAUUGUAGCAUGUUAUUAGCAUAGACAGACAGCCAUUUGGAUGUGGGCACAACCUAAUGUACAAAUUUAUAAAUAGUGGUGCAGGAAUUAUUCUUUAAUAAGUUCUUCACCCUGCAAUUCCUAUAGUUAUAUGAUUUUCACAUUUUCAUUAUUUCAUAGUCAGAUCCUUUCAUGGGUUUAUACCAAACCAACUCAAUGAGCUGUUCCCAGUUGGCUUGAUAACUCAAUUGGCAUAGCACUGCACUGGUAUUGUAGAUGUCAAGGGUUCAAAUCCCAUGCUAGCAUUUUUUUUCAGGCUUUCUUUUUGCAACUGUGUCUAUAACUGCAAUGAUCAUCUUUCAUGCAAAGCACAGAGGCUUUGAUUUUAUAAUUAUCAGAUUUUAAGAUUUCUUACACAGACUAAUGGUAAAUGUUAGACCAAUCUUGCACUGCCUAGAUGUACAGUUAGCAUUGCAAAAUGGGAGUACCUUUGAAUAGCUUUUAUUUCAAUUGUUGCCGUUUUGAAUGGUAUUAUCUUACCUUUUCUUGAGAGCCCAAGUGAUGACUCCCCUAUAAUAGUGACGGGGAUGCUCCUCGCAAAAUAAAAUUUAAUGGCCAUAAUGGAGACCAAUGUGGCUGUAGCUCAAGCUUAAACUGACCCUUAAGGGAGACCAUACUAAAACAGACAUCUAAAUAGGAGCUAGAGUGGUUUUUAUUGUGUUCUAUUUUAAACAUUAGAUUUCUGUGUGGUCGGUAUCAGAACAUUUUUUGUAAAUUUCUUUUUGCGCAGCCCUAAGAGAUACCUGAAUUGGCAAACAUUGUGACCAUCCCAAUCACCUUAAGUGGGAUCAAGAUCUGCAAUUUACACGUGCACCCCUAAGCGAGACAACAAGCAUCCCUGUCACUUUUGUAUGGGAGUCCCCACCCAGCUUGAGAAAUAUAGGUUUUACUGGUUUACCCCAUUGUAGCCAGUUGACUAACAUUAAUUUCGUUUUCUUUAAUUUUAGGGAGGUGAAUCAACUACAGCUGCAUCCAAAACGAAAAGUUCAAUUCAAUGUAAAUAUGUGAAUAAUGUAAGUAGAGCAUCUUUGUUUACCUCGCACAGUUCAACACAUAACUAUUUUUAUAGUGUGAAAGGUUUAAACCCAAACAGGUCAAUAACCAGAGUUUUAAUAAUACUAUCGACUGAUGAUACAACUCACUUUGUGUCUGAAGAUGACUACCACAAAGGUUGUUGAAAUGUCAGUCACUAUUGACAACAGUCCUAUUUAAUUCAGGACUGCGUUCUCACCGAUGAUCAUGCUCACUCUACUUUUUAUAGUUUUAUUCAAAGAAACUAAUAUAUUUUCUUUGAGGGCUUCUGCUUGAUAUCUUGUUUUUAGAGACCAGUAAUCAAGAAAAGCUUGAGUUGCUCUUGUUUUCUAAAAUGUGGUUUAAGGACUGACACAUAGCUACCUAAUUUUGUCUUGUACUCCUGGUCUAUAAACCCUCUUUCAGGUUAAUUCCCCAUAGAUCUAUCUAUCCGUUGGGUGUCUCUCUCUGUCAUAUCAUGGUUUGUCUCUUCCAUGGUGAACUCCGUCUUCAUUGGACACGUUGUUAGCUAUCUUAACGUCACUACUUAAGCCUGGAAUACUCACUAUUUGCAUGAUUGGGGGAAACCAGAAAUUGCAACGCUUUGCCAAUUUGGAAGCUUUAGAAAAUACAGGCUGUGUUGUGCCACGUCUUCUUGAGGUGCUCUUACUGUGCGCUGCGUCUGAUAUUAUACUGACGUCUACAUUGUACUUCUGUGUUAGGGAAAUCAGUGUCAGGAGAGAAUCAGUAAAAGAUCCAAGUCAGGAUACUGCGGUGCUCACAGAACUGUUGUACGCAUCUCUAAACAAGGUCAGUUGAUAUUAGUUAUUAAUACAGCAAGAAAAGAAACAUUUUGAGAAAUUUAUAGGUGUAGUUUAAGCUGUUACGUAAACAGUGGUCUAUGAAGUCAUUCUUUUGGAAUGAGAAAGAGACAUUUUUGCUUUCAAUCUUACACAUGGGUCUAUGCUGCUACAGUACAUAGCUUGCUGUCUACUGUUAUCCUUGUUAGCCUGAGCAUCAGGUGACGCCUUCCUUAGUGUUUAGGGAGAGAAGAUUCUCCUUUUCCCCCAGAAAUGCCCGAUACUCAGGUUAUAUAACAAUAAUUCACCGAAGUGGAGAUGGCUAGUUGUGGAUAUAUUAACUGAGCUGCGAAGCAGUGAAGUAAAUAUCCGCCACUAGCCACCAACACUGAGGGGAAUAAUAAUUAUUUAUUAUUGUUUUAGUAUGUACUAAAACAGUGAGAUAAUUGAGCACAAAAAUGAUGAUUUUUAACUCAAAUACUGUUGCCAACGAUUACAAUUUUGUCACUUUUUCUUGCCGACAAAUAAAACUUUUGAAGGCAUUUGUUUAGCUCUUUAUGGGAAAAUUUCUUCACAAGGAGUUGUGAAUUCUUUUUUGUAUUUAAAAUCAUUGUGUAAAAAAAAAGAUUAUUAAAUUUAGUUUUAGGCUUAUUUAUGAACAAGUCAACUAAAUAAAGUAAUGCACGACUUAAGCUUAAUUUGCAUUUGUAAACAAAAAACUUUGUCGUGGUUUUAUCGAUAAAUUCGAGUCAAAAAGACAAAGCUUUACCUGUUAAAACUUCCAAACCGAACUUCGUCACCUUCUUCAUGUAUUUCAGGAACAGCUUGCUUGAUUAGUUGUGAAAUUUCUUUGUUUGUUACGGUAGCAAACCAGGAAGGCAUUUUGCUCGCAACUUAUGCGAGUUUGGCGUCGCUUGCUUGGAAGAACCUGGAGGUGAAUCAGUAAAUAGUGCAGGAUAUUCACUGAUUGAGUAGCCAAUCAGAGCACGCGAAAAACACUAUCCACUGUUUUAGUAUAUACUAAAUCCUUUUAUUAUAUGGCUACAAUAGUAUGUGCACUCUGAUUGGCUGUUUUCUUGUAAUGGCUGGGCAUUACUAGCUAGAUGUCCAAGGCAUAUACAAUCUGUGUUUAAUUUGGUACUGUACAUCCUUAUGGACAUCCAUGUUAUGGUCAAUUGACAGCUGUCAAAAAGGGUAUUCGCUGACCAGUGUCACCUGACUGUAUCGCAGGCUCAAGUGUACAACUCAUUGAGGUGACGUGUUUUUCGAAGUUAUCCGCUGACCAGUUGUUGGUUUUAAUUGAUUGAAGGCCCAGGUCCAUAAUGAAAAGGCCAUAUAAUAACUUAUUAACCUUGUCUGUUUAUUCAUUAUAGGGAAAUCUCAGAGAACGGCCUUGAUGUGUUGACCUCACUUUCACCAGGUCAAUACAUCAAGGCCUCGGUCUGAGAUUUUCCUGUAAUGAUCUCACUCUCGGUUAAUAAGUAGUAUGUUAACAAUCAACUUCACAGCAAAAUAUUCAGUCAUAUGUUUUGCUUUUCUCACUUGCAAAUCAGUCUCACCGCUGGUCAUCUUCACCAGGCCAGUAAAAUUGUGAAGAAAGUGGAUUCAAAAAGUUGAUGGUUCGUUUUGAUGGGGUGAUUGUAUAGUAUUAAGUUCUUUGAAGAAUAAGCGUAUGACUGGACUUUUGUUUAGGCCAGAAAAACAAGAGUGUUGGUAGUAACAGGCUGGUCAUAUGACGGGUUUAGUUUUUAUCCCCACAAACAUUUGCAGAGAAAUUAAUUGGAAUUGGGUAGAAUUACUUAGUUUUUCUCAGGUCUUUUCAACUUCUUAAAGUACAAAGUUACUUGUUUAUGCCGUAAGGUAUUUUUAAUGUUUUUAUUGUAGCCGUAUCAUCUCCCAAACAACCUCACGCAAGCUCCAAACCUGUACCAGACCCACCAAGGGACCAUUCAUCUAUGGUGGAUCAUGUAAGAUUGAAUUUAACCUUUUCUUAAAUGCCACCACUAGCAAAUUAUCAAUUGCCUUCCAUUGUCGUCCUUUCCUUUAGUGAUUUUUAUUGGUCUAUAUCGCAGUCAGGCGAUCCAUACUGUUCAACUCCUCUGAUUUACUCUCUAUAACACAACAGAGCAUUUGAAUAUGAAAUUUCUGGCACUUUUUUUACGUGAUCUCAGAAGUUUAGUCAAAGGUCAACAAAAAGAAACAGUACAAAAGAGUCACCGAGGAAAAAUAAAGUAGAAAGUGAAGGUUGAAUAUUUCUCUGUCGUUCUCUAAUUUUUUCUCCAAGAGACCGCUUGGUCUUGGUGCUGACCAUAAGAAAGGCUGGCUCUGGGGCCAAUUUUUUUUUUUUAAGGCAAACGGCAAACGUCAGAUUCAAUUUGAGAUUUUCUCAAAAUAGAAAGUAAGCAGAUAAAAACUGUCCCUAACAAUAAUAUUAUUCUUAGGGAUAAAACUGGCGUGAAACUGCUUAUUUUCUUUUUUUGUAAAACUAAUACGUUUGCCGUUUGGCGUAAACGUGGCUCUAAAUCUCUCUAAUGAGUUAACCAUUAAAACGGUGCAAAUGUUUUCAUGUAUAUCCUUUUGAGCAUUCUCUCUUGUUUUGAGUUAUUCAUUAUUUUGAUAAAUACUUCUUUUAAUUAUUUCAAAUUCGCUUAGCAACAAUUGGAACGACUUAACCAAUUAUCUGAAUCCAGUAACCACGAAGCUUCUCAUGUUCCUCAAGCCACAGAGGAACUGCCACAGGAGAUGUUUAAUGUAGAAGACGACGAGAGAGAGAGG